AUGUACUUCCUUCUCAGUCAGCUCUCCUUAAUGGACUUGACUUUGACCUCUAGCAUUGUCCCCAUGAUGGCAGCCAACUUCUCUGGAUGGCGGAGCAUAUCAUUCAUGGCUUGUGGCACUCAAAUUUUCUUCUCCCUGACUGUGGCCAUUAUAACUUUCAUGUGCUUUGAUCGUUAUGUGGCUAUAUGUGAUCCUCUCCCAUACCCAGUCAUCAUCAGUCCUAAGGUUUGCUUACAAAUGAUUGCCAUGUCUUGGGCUGGAGGGGCACUUACCUCCCUGGGCCACACUGCUUUUACCUUGCAGUUUAAUAUCUGCAGCCCCGAGAUUCCCCUCUUCUUCUGUGAAGUCAUGGCUGUGCUUAGGAUCAUCUGUGAGGAUGUCACAGCCUAUGAGAAGGCAGUGGUGAUAACAAGCAUCCUUGUUCUGCUGCUGCCCUUAUCUCUUAUCUUGUCUUCCUAUGUUCGCAUCUUCCUUGCUGUACUCCCAAUGAACUCCGCAGAAUGCAGAAACAAGGCUCUGGCCACCUGCUCCUCUCAUCUCUGUGUGGUGGGUCUCUAUUUUGGUCCAGGUAUGUGCAUCUACAUGAGACCUGGUUCUGCCAAGACUCCAAAGUUGAAUGAGGGUCUCUUUCUGUUUGGAACUCUCCUCACUCCACUCCUAAACCCUCUUGCCUACAGUCUUAGGAACAAGGAAGUUCUAAGUGCACUGAAAGAGUUAAUGGGGGAGGUGUCAGUCCUCCAGGUACAGGUGAAAACUGCAAGAAACAGUGGAAUCACUCUGACUGGCUAUACAUAUAUGCACAUCUCUGGGACUGCUAAGGGACAUGAAGGCACUGAUUUUGCCAUUUAUGUCAAUUGA